GAUGCUUUCAGAUCGGUGAAUCAGUCAGACAGCUCCUCCUCCAGCCACCGACUGCAACAAGAGCUGCAGCUUCUGAUAAUUCUGGCUAUUGAAGGAAGGAGAGCGGAGUGCAAGCAUCUGGCAGAAUAACGCGGUGGUUUCUUGACUCUUUACGCAGAGACAGAGUUCAAUUUACCAGUCUUUGAAUGUUGUUAAAGCCAUGUUACUUGGUAACAGCAAACCACGGGACUCCCAGGCAUGCCAGUUUGAAGACGACACCGGAAUGAUACUCGAAAGUCACGUUGAACACAAGCGCUUCUGUUAAGGAGGAUUUAUGUCAAGAUCACAGUAAGAUUUCAUCCACAACUUAGACAUUUUUGCUGCAAUGGCACCAAAGCAGCCAGACAGAUGCUAAGAAAACAUACUAGGAAAUUCCUUGGUAAAAGUCAACCUCGGCUGAUAAGAUGCUGGCAAGCAAUAAUUCAGAGUAUACUAUGGGACUGCUGGACAAUUCACCGGAGUACUUUGGAGGUAAUACAUCUCGAAAUGGUACUUCCACUGAUUCACCUGGGAUCGCCAUCUUUAUUUCUUUUGUGUACUCUUUAGUUUGCAUUAUAGGGUUGUGUGGUAAUUCAGUGGUGAUAUAUGUUAUCCUGAGAUAUGCCAAGAUGAAGACUGCCACCAACAUAUAUAUUUUGAACUUGGCCAUUGCAGAUGAACUACUAAUGUUAAGCGUCCCCUUCUUGGUGACCUCUACUCUUCUCCAUCACUGGCCGUUUGGUUCGUUGUUGUGUAGACUAGUACUCAGCUUGGAUGCCAUGAACAUGUUUACUAGCGUCUAUUGCCUUGCUGUUCUCAGCUUGGACCGUUACGUGGCUGUGGUACAUCCCAUCAGUGCAGCCAGGUACAGACGACCAAGCGUGGCCAAGAUGGUGAAUCUCGGAGUAUGGCUCUUUUCCAUCCUCAUCAUUCUACCCAUUGUAGUCUUUUCCAGUACUGCACCAAAUCGCGAUGGUACGGUGGCCUGUAACGUGCUCAUGCCCGAACCCUCACAGCACUGGGUUGUCGUCUUUGUCCUUUACACGUUUUUGAUGGGCUUUCUCCUGCCUAUGGCCGCUAUUUGCCUUUGCUAUAUCCUUAUCAUAACAAAGAUGAGAGUUGUAGCCCUUAAGGCCGGCUGGCAGCAGAGACGUCGGUCUGAGCGUAAACUAACACUCAUGGUGACUGUCGUCGUGACGGUUUUUGUGGUCUGCUGGAUGCCCUUCUACAUUGUACAGUUAGUGGGCGUUUUUGCAAGGAAGGGGGAUACCACAAUCAGCCAACUUUCAGUUGCACUUGGUUACGCCAAUAGUUGUGCCAACCCCUUCUUGUAUGGAUUUCUUUCAGACAACUUUAAACGGUCUUUUCAGAAGGUCCUGUGCCUUAGCUGGAUGGAGAACGCCACUGAAGAACCAGUGGACUAUUACGCUACGGCUUUGAAAAGUAGAGCGUAUAGUGCUGAGGAUCUUCAGAAUGGCAUGACGACUACCGGCAGCACAUACCGGAAUGGGACCUGUAGUUCCAGAACUCACUGAAAUCUGGGCACUGACACCAUAAGGAUGUUUACUGAACUUAACUAGGUCACAACCUGCUCCUCUACCCACCGAAACUAUGUAAAGAGCCAUGGGUUACCUUUGAUGGAAUCACAGUACGUUUGUAUUAGCUAAUAUAAGAACUAUGAGCCUGUAAUGUCAGAUGGGGUAGUGUUAAGAAUUGUGUUUUAUUCACACCUGUAACGGUAAGGGUUAUGGUUAUUUGAUUUCAGCACCUACAGAUUAAAUAGCAAGACUAACGUGGUUGGAAAGGCUAACUCAGUCUAUAUAGAAUAUAUAUAUUCUAUCCUAACUAUAUAAUAUAGUUUCCAGAUGCAUACUCAAGGAAUAAAUAAGAAUGCUGUUCUGUAGUAUGUAUUUUUUAUACAUAUCACCCUGGUUAUUAUGCGUGUAGAUUUUUCUAUUCAGUUCAUUUUUUAAGAAUUGUCAGUGUCUGCGAUGUUUGUCUGGUCAUUAACAGCGAACCCAACACGGCCCAAGUUGUCAGCGUUAAAGAGACUACAAUGGGGACGAAUAAUAUUACCUAAAAUAAAAAAACUGUAGAUGUCUGUGCACGUAUAUGUUUUGUUUCCUAUUAUCGGACCAAAACGUUCUUUGUUUUCAAGAUUUGAAUGUUGGAAUAAUAAUGAUGUAAUAAGAUGCGGUGCUCAUUAAAGACGGCCAAAGUUUUCUUACAAA